AUGAAUCGUUUAACUGAGGACCACCAAGAACUCAAGAGCAUAGGAAAUGACGGCCAUAUAAAUACUGAUCAUCCUGAAGAGAAGGCCCAUCAAGAUUCUGGCUCGGUUGUAGGGAGAAAAGGAUCAGGUGAGAAGGAAAUGGCCCCCAUGGCCGGAAGUUCAAUUCACCGGUCAUCUUCUCGGCCGCAGCUGGAUCUGAGUGGGGCCGCCAUCCAGGGGAAUUUCGAGGAGAAGGACCCGACGAUUUUGCUGCCGAAUCAGUCUGAUGAUAUUUCUCACUUGGCUUUGGAUAUUGGAGGAUCAUUAAUUAAGCUGGUGUACUUCUCAAGGCACGAGAACCAAUCGGCCAAUGACCGGAGGAGAAAGAUUAUCGAGGCACGACUCGGUAUUACCAAUGUAAACAGAAGGAGCUACCCGAUUCUUGGAGGGAGACUACACUUUGUUAAAUUCGAGACGUAUAAAAUUAACGAGUGCUUGGAUUUCAUCUAUUCCAAGCAGCUUCAUCGUGGGGGAAUGGAAUCACGGAUUUGGCAAUCUGAGGUUCCAAACACGGAGAACACUGUAAUUAAGGCAACAGGUGGUGGGGCCCACAAGUUUGCCGAUCUUUUCAAGGAAAGGCUUGGGAUUAGUAUAGAGAAAGAGGAUGAAAUGAAUUGCCUUGUGGCUGGUGCAAAUUUCCUACUCAAGGCUAUUCGACAUGAAGCUUUUACGCACAUGGAGGGCCGAAAAGAGUUUGUGCAGAUCGACUCAAAUGACUUGUUUCCUUAUCUUCUUGUCAAUAUAGGAUCUGGUGUCAGUAUAAUAAAGGUCGAUGGAGAUGGAGUAUUUCAGCGUGUUAGUGGAACAAAUGUCGGUGGGGGUACAUAUUGGGGUCUAGGGAGGCUCUUAACCAAGUGCAAAAGGGGCCACGCAUACACUAUGGACACCAUCUCAUUUGCUGUCCACUUCUGGUCGAAAGGACAGGCACAAGCAAUGUUCUUGAGACAUGAAGGAUUUUUAGGUGCUAUAGGUGCAUUUAUGAGCUAUGAAAAGCAUGGCCUCGAUGAUCUAAUGGUCCAUCAGUUUGUCGAGAGGUUCCCUAUGGGUGCACCAUAUAUUGGAGGCAAUGUACAUGGUCCACCUUUAGGAGAUUUAAAUGAAAAGAUCUCUUGGAUGGAAAAGUUUGUGCUGAAAGGGACUGAAAUAACAGCUCCAGUUCCAAUGGCUCCUCCCGGAACUACUGGCCUCGGUGGAUUUGAGGUCCCAUCAUCAAAAGGAGAUACUUUAAGACCUGAUGCUAGCAAACUGAAUGUUGGGGUUCUUCAUUUGGUACCGAGUUUGGAGGUUUUUCCAUUGUUGGCCGAUCCAAAAACAUACGAGCCCAACACUAUAGAUCUUUCAGAUCAUGGCGAGCUCGAGUAUUGGUUCACUGUGCUGUCAGGACAUAUGCCAGACCUUGUAGAUAAGGCCGUGGCUAGUGAAGGUGGUACAGAUGAUGCUAAAAGGAGAGGAGAUGCGUUUGCUCGUGCAUUCUCAGCUCACCUUGCAAGAUUAAUGGAGGAGCCAGCUGCAUAUGGAAAGUUGGGAUUGGCCAACCUUUUGGAACUAAGAGAAGAGUGUUUACGUGAGUUUCAUUUUCAUGAUGCCUACAGAAGCAUAAAACAGAGAGAAAACGAGGCAUCACUUGCAGUUCUACCUGAUUUGUUGAUGGAGAUUGACCGUAUGGACGAGGAAACAAGAUUGCUUACAUUGAUUGAAGGUGUGCUGGCAGCAAACAUCUUCGACUGGGGCUCACGAGCUUGUGUCGAUCUCUACCAUCAAGGGACGAUUAUCGAGAUAUACAGAAUGAGUCGAAACAAGAUGCAAAGGCCUUGGAGGGUUGACGAUUUUGAUGUUUUCAAAGAGCGAAUAUUUGGUUCGGUCGAGAAGAAGCCUCACCGGUACAAUAGGGCAUUGCUUUUUGUCGAUAACUCGGGUGCUGAUAUUGUGUUAGGGAUGCUUCCACUUGCUAGGGAACUCCUUCGAAGAGGAACUGAAGUUGUUUUGGUCGCCAAUUCACUCCCGGCUCUGAACGACAUCACAGCCAUGGAGUUACCGGACAUUGUUGCCGAAGCUGCAAAGCAUUGUGACAUCCUUCGAGGGGCAGCUGAAGCAGGGGGGCUUUUAGUGGAUGCAAUGAUUAACAAUCUCGAUAGCCCGAGAGCAAGAUCCUUAUCUGUACCGUUAAUGGUUGUCGAAAAUGGAUGUGGAAGUCCGUGCAUUGACUUGCGACAAGUCAGCUCUGAGUUGGCAGCUGCCGCCAAGAAUGCUGAUCUGGUCAUUUUGGAAGGGAUGGGACGUGCGUUACAUACGAAUUUCAAUGCAAAGUUCAAAUGUGAUGCUCUAAAGCUUGCAAUGGUGAAGAACCAGCGCUUGGCGGCAAAACUAAUCAACGGUAACAUUUACGACUGCGUCUGCCGAUUUGAACCAGCGGCAUGA